AUGAUGCUGAAGACACAAAAAAAGAUCUCAAUAAGCGACUGUCAGUGGUCCCUGUCUAACACUGCUUCCAUCCAGUUGUGGACUACAAGGUUCCUUGCAUCUCCAGCUGUGCCUUCGAUUCAGCAAAGUAUUGGCCUGCUGAUCCAUCUUACCCAUGGAUUACUUCCUUGA